AUGGGCGCUGCCGCGGCGGCGGCGGCCAAUGGGAGCGGCGGCGGCGGCGCGGCCCCGGCGCCCCCCGCCCGCCUCCCCUUUAGAGGCGCGGCGGGCGGCCGGCGGCACACAGCCCUCCGCACCGGCACCGCGCUGCGCCGCCGCCGGCCCCGCCACCGGCACCACCGGCCCCGCCGCGCGCAUGGGGCCGCCGCGCUCGGCCCCACAUAACGGGGGGUGCCCAGCCCCGCCAGUCGCCCCGCCAUGCCGGCAGAGCCCCCCCGCUCCGCGCCGCCGCCUCCGCUCCGCGCCGCCCGCCGCAAGCCGCUGCCCGAGGUAAGGGGGGCCCCGCUGUGGCUGCGGGCCCGCUUUCAGGCGCUGCUCUUCGCCCUGGGCUGCCGGAUCCAGCGGCACUGCGGGAAGGUGCUCUUCGUGGGGCUGCUGGUGUUCGGGGCGCUGGCCGUGGGGCUGCGGGUGGCCUCCAUCGAGACCGACAUCGAGCACCUCUGGGUGGAAGCGGGCAGCCGGGUGAGCCAGGAGCUGCGCUACACCAAGGAGAAGCUGGGCGAGGAGUCUGUCUACACCUCCCAAAUGUUGAUCCAGACCCCGAAGAGGGAUGGGGAGAACAUCCUGACGCAGGAGGCCCUGCAGCUCCACCUCGAGGCGGCCCUGGCUGCCAGCAAAGUCCAAGUCUCGCUGUACGGAAAAUCGUGGGAUUUGAACAAGAUCUGCUACAAGUCGGGUGUCCCCAUCAUUGAGAACGGCAUGAUCGAGAGGAUGAUAGAGAAGCUGUUCCCCUGCGUGAUCCUGACACCACUGGACUGCUUCUGGGAAGGCGCCAAGCUGCAGGGAGGCUCAGCCUACCUCCCGGGCCGCCCGGACAUCCAGUGGAGCAACCUGGACCCUCUGCAGCUGAUGGAGGAGCUGGGGCAGUUCACGUCCCUGGAAGGCUUCAAAGAGCUGCUGGACAAGGCAGAGGUGGGGCAGGCUUACAUGGAGCGGCCCUGCCUGGACCCCCGGGACCCCCAGUGCCCCCCCAGUGCCCCCAACAAGCAGAGCCAGCAGAGCCCCGACAUCCCAGCCGAGCUCUCGGAGGGCUGCCACGGCUUCUCCAGGAAGUUCAUGCGCUGGCAGCAGGAGCUGAUUUUAGGCGGCACGACCAAAGACUCCCAGGGCAAGCUGCUACGCGCCGAGGCCCUGCAGACCAUGUUCCUCCUCAUGAGCCCCCGGCAGCUCUUUGAGCACUUCAAGGAUGACUAUGAGAUCCAUGACAUCAGCUGGAGCGAGGAGAAGGCGGGCGCCAUCCUGGAGGCCUGGCAGAGGAAAUUCGUGGAGCUGGCGCAGGACUCCAUCCCGCCCAACGCCACGCAGAGCGUCCAUGCUUUCUCCACCACCACGCUCAACGACAUCAUGAAAUCCUUCUCCGAUGUCAGUGCCAUCCGGGUGGCCGGGGGCUACCUCCUCAUGCUGGCCUACGCCUGCGUCACCAUGCUGCGGUGGGACUGCUCCAAGUCCCAAGGGGCCGUGGGCCUGGCCGGGGUCCUGCUUGUGGCUCUCUCUGUGGCCUCCGGCCUGGGGCUUUGCUCACUGCUGGGCAUCUCCUUCAACGCAGCCACCACCCAGGUCCUGCCCUUCCUGGCCCUCGGCAUCGGUGUGGACGACAUGUUCCUCUUGGCUCACGCCUUCACCGAGACCAGCCAGCACAUCCCCUUCAAGGAGCGGACGGGCGAGUGCCUGAAGCGCACAGGGACCAGCGUGGCUCUCACCUCUGUCAGCAACAUGAUCGCCUUCUUCAUGGCAGCCCUGGUGCCCAUCCCUGCUCUGCGCGCCUUCUCCCUCCAGGCUGCGGUGGUUGUGGUGUUCAACUUUGCCAUGGUGCUGUUCGUCUUCCCCGCCAUCCUGAGCCUGGACCUGCACCGCCGGGAGAAACGCCGGCUCGACAUCCUCUGCUGCUUCUACAGCCCUUGCUCCUCGCGGGUCAUCCAGAUCCAACCCCAGGAGCUCGCCGAUGCCAACGACAACCACACCUGCCACCCAUCCCCUUACGGGCACCCCGGCGUGGCUACCAGCACCCAAAUCACCACCACCGUGCAAGCCUUCACCCGGUGUGAUCCCUCGGGCCACCACGUCGUCACUGUCCUGCCACCCACCUCCCAAGUGUGCACCUCGCCUGCCGUCCUCCUGCCCCCCACCGACCCCCUGGGCUCGCAGGUCUUCGCCCCGUCCAGCUCCACCCGGGACCUGCUGGCCCAGCUGGAUGAGGCCAAGGGCGGGCGGGAGUGCGUCCCCCUGCCCUUCUGCCGCUGGAGCCUCGCUGACUUCGCCCGGGAGAAGUAUGCCCCACUCCUCCUGCGGACCCAGACCAAGGCGGUGGUGGCGGUGCUGUUCCUGGCACUGCUGGGGCUGAGCCUCUACGGCACCACCAUGGUGCACGAUGGGCUCUACCUGACGGACAUCGUGCCGCGGGACACCAAGGCGCAUGCCUUCAUCUCGGCCCAGUUCAAGUACUUCUCCUUCUACAACAUGUUCAUCGUCACCAAGGGCGGCUUCCACUACCCAGGCGCCCAAGCCGCCCUGCUCAGCCUGCACCAGGCCUUCAGCACUGUCAAGUAUGUGGUGCGGGAGGGCAACCGCGACCUGCCCAAGAUGUGGCUCCAUUACUUCCAGGACUGGCUGCGAGGGCUCCAGGCCACCUUCGACAGGGACUGGCAAGCCGGGCGCAUCACCCAUGACAGCUACCGCAACGGCUCCGAGGACGGGGCACUGGCGUACAAGCUCCUAAUCCAGACUGGCAACAAGAAGGAGCCCUUCAACUUCAAUCAGCUGACCACGCGGCGGCUGGUGGACGAGAACGGCAUCAUCCCCCCUGACACAUUCUACAUCUGCCUGACGGUGUGGGCCAGCAACGACCCACUGGGCUUCGCCGCCUCCCAGGCCAACUUCUACCCCCCACCGCCCGAGUGGAUCCAUGACAAGUAUGACACCACGGGCGAGAACCUGCGAAUCCCAGCAGCCCAGCCGCUGGAGUUCGCCCAGUUCCCUUUCUACCUGAGCGGGCUGCGUCGCACGGCUGACUUCGUGGAGGCGAUUGAGAGCGUGCGGGCCAUCUGCCGGGAGGCCGCCCAGCGCCACGGGGUGCUGAGCUACCCCAGCGGCUACCCCUUCCUCUUCUGGGAGCAGUACAUCGGCCUGCGCCACUGGUUUCUGCUGGCCAUCAGCAUCCUGCUGGCCUGCACCUUCCUCGUCUGCGCCCUGCUGCUGCUCAACCCCUGGACGGCCGGCAUCAUCGUCUCCAUCCUUGCCAUGAUGGCGGUGGAGCUGUUUGGCAUCAUGGGGCUGAUGGGCAUCAAGCUGAGCGCCAUCCCCGUGGUCAUCCUCAUCGCCUCGGUGGGCAUCGGUGUGGAGUUCACCAUUCACGUGGCCCUGGGCUUCCUGACAGCUGCGGGGAGCAGGAAUGUGCGCUCAGCUGCAGCACUGGAGCACACCUUCGCCCCCGUGAUGGACGGUGCUGUCUCCACCCUCCUGGGUGUCCUCAUGUUGGCCGGCUCCGAGUUUGACUUCAUCAUGAGGUAUUUCUUUGCGGUGCUAACCAUCCUGACGCUGCUGGGGCUGCUCAAUGGGCUGGUGCUGCUGCCAGUCCUGCUCUCCGUCAUUGGGCCACCCCCUGAGGCAUCCCCAGUGGAUAAUGGCCCCCACCUGCCCCCUCCAGAGCUGGUGCCCCCGUGCCUGGGCCCCGGGGUGUACGUCCGGCGCGCUCCAGCCUGGCCCGCUGCCUUCCCCGACCCCUCGGACAUGGAGCGCUACGCAGAGGGCGGAGGGCCGGGCAGCCCCCGGGGGCCCUUCAUCAUGCCCCCUGCCCCAGCACACAUCCUGCUGGAGGCCGGCAAGGACCCCAGCUUCCCCCGCAUCACCGUGCUGAAGCCCUACAAGGACAGCCCGGAGGUCCAGGGGAAGAAGGAGGCUCCCGGCCCACAGCCCGCACCCCCCCUGCCCUUCGGGGAGCCGUGCCCCACGCCGCCCCGAGACUACCCACAGCCCUGCCCGCCAGGCGCCCGGCCAGCUGCCCCCGCAGCCCUGCCUGCCUACAGCACCCACCUGCAGGGUCCUGCCGGCAGCUACACCACCGUCACGGCCACCGCUUCGGUGACGGUGGCCCUGCACCCCACGUUGCCUGGCUCCUACCCCAACUUUGGCCCUGAGGGCUUUGCCGGCGGUGAGCGGGACUGCCUGGAGGAGCCCAGCGUGGCCAGCACUGGUGGCACCGCCAUGCCCGACGCCUUCGAGAUGCAGAGCAUGGGAUGCCGCGGGGCAGGCACCCGGCACUAGGUUGCCGGCUCCUGGGCAGAGCAUCUCCCCAGCGCCCAGUGGGCACAGGAGGG